AUGGCGUCUCCUCCGCCGCGUCCCGCCCCAGCGAAGCCGCCCGCCGGUCGCUCCGGUCCUCAGCCUCCGCCGCGUCCCGCCCCAGCGACGGCGGUCGCCGCCAGCCAAGCCGGUCCUCAGCCUCCGCCGAGGGGACCUCGGCCGUUUUACAAGAAGGACAAAUUCCUUUACCUUUGCCUGAUUGUUUUCUUGGAGGUCUGUAUCGUACUGGUUUUUGGUUCCAUCUCCUUGUUUUGCGUUGUCCCGGCCAGUUAUCUGACGGUGAAGGUGGCCGGCCUGAUCGUGUCCAACCUCACAGUCGCCGCACCCACCGGCGCCACUUGGAAUGCCGACCUCUUGGUGGAGAGAUCAUGGAUCUUCGGGAGGCUCUUCUUCACCGAAGUGGAAUGCUUCCUCUACUAUCACUGGGACGCGGCGCAACGGUUGGCGGUGGCACCGGCGAAGCCCUUCAUGCUGCGGAGAACCGACAGGACCGUGGUCAAGGCGAGGAUGACGAUGGGGAGGCCCGAGGAGGCGGCGGUGGCCGAGGACAUGGACCGAGAGCGGAGGUCGGUCGGGACGGUGGUCGUUGGGCUGGGGCUGAGGAUGCGGGGCGCGUACGCGUAUGCCUCGUGGGCGAAGAAGAAGGACAUUGGGCACAUCGAAGUGCGUUGCGACGACCUCAGGAUCGCCUUUGCGAACUCCACGACUGAGGGAAGCUUGGUCACGGGCGCUGAUAUAGCAACUGAAGAUCACCCUGCGGUCGACAAUCUUCCCUCGUGUUCCUACUGA